GCCGGCCGGACGUGUUUGGAGGUUGCACCCGUUCCCCCGACCCGCUCCCGGUCCCCGGUCCCCGGUCCCCCGGUGCUCCCUUCGUUCCCUUCCCCGGCGCGGCGGGGAGCCAGGCCCGGGCCGCGGCUCUCGGCCCUCGGCCGCCAUGGCGACCCGCAGCCUGACGGAGCCGUUCGUGCUGCUGCGGAACCGGGCGGUCCAGAGCCGGCACCUGCAGGCCGAGCAAGUGAGUAGCGAGGCGGGAGCGGCCCUGGGCCACGGCGCUGCGAUUGCUAAUGAUCGCAUGGCCUUAGUGUCUGGAAUCAGCUUGGAUCCAGAAGCUGCCAUUGGUGUCAGCAAAGGACUGCCUCCAAAAUGGGUGGAUGGAGCAGAGCAAAUUCAGUUUGACAUCACUAGAAUAAAGCAGAAGAUGAAGGAGCUUGCCAGCUUACACGACAAGUACCUGAACCGACCCACGUUGGAUGACAGCACUGCGGAGGAGCACGCCAUAGAAAUCACUACCCAGGAGAUAACUCAGAUGUUCCACCGGUGUCAGCGCUCAGUGCAGAACCUGCAGAGCAAAGGGCGAAGCUGCACAGAGCAGGAGGAGCGGGUCCUUCGGAAUGUGAUUUCUUCCCUUGCACAAGCUCUUCAGGAUCUGUCAACUAACUUUCGACACGCCCAGUCUUCUUACCUCAAACGUUUGAAGAAUCGAGAAGAAAGGUCCAAACACUUUUUUGACACAUCGGUGCCACUAAUGGAUGAUGCUGAAGACAACAACCUUUAUGACAAGGGUUUUACAAAUGAUCAGUUACUUUUGGUGGAAGAGAAUACUCUGAUGGUGGAGGAACGUGAGAAGGAGAUUCGACAGAUCGUGCAGUCAAUCUCAGACUUGAAUGAAAUCUUCAGAGAGCUGGCGACCAUGAUAGUGGAGCAGGGGACCAUCUUGGAUCGAAUUGAUUACAAUGUCGAACAAUCUUGUAUUAAAACAGAAGAGGGCUUACAGCAACUCCAGAAGGCUGAGCAGCACCAGAAGAAGAAUCGAAAGAUGCUGGUCAUUGUGAUCCUUUUUGUGAUAGUGGUGGUUCUCAUCAUCGUGUUAAUAGGAGUCAAAUCAAGGUGAUCAGCUGGAACCUUCCUGCGGUGGGAACCGCGAGGAAAAUUCUCUGGGGUUGGUGAUGAAAUAUUGUCUUUUUAAGGGAAGGCUAGGGAACACAGUCAGACCUCUCUGAAUUCUUUCACUACCAGAAAUCAGGAACCUGUUGUGAUUGCUGUGUUGUAAAUUGAGUGUGGGGGGGUGUGGGGCAGCAAAGGAAAGGUGUGCUCUCUUGUGUUGCUGUGAGCAGUACUCGGAUUUGCUUCUUUCCGCUUUCUGUCUUCAGCUGAUGAUGUGCCUGUGGUCUGUACCCAAAGAUCACCCUACGAGGGCCAGGUUCAGCAUUACAAAGAGGCUUCUCAACAUUUCAACGUCGUGAAGCCAAGUAUGGACAAGGGAGCCUCAAACUACAAUACAGCUGGUUCCUCUGCAUUCCUUUCCUUUCCAUUUGCGCUGCUGUAUAUAUUACAGUGAACUCUGGUUCUGAAUAAUGAGAUCUUCCCAAGAGAAAAUUGCUUGUAAUCAAACUGUGUCAAAUGUAGAUCAUCUAACGCAAAAUCAUUUAGGACUUUAUGGGAAAGCAUUUCUUGCAGGUAUGUGUUGUUUGGCUUUAUUGUACAUCCCUUCACUUGCUAUAUUGUCUGUGAGUUUGACUGCACAGCAAUCAAUCAAUUGGGAGAGGAAUAGAGCAUGUAGGGGUGUGUGGGUACAGUAAGUACUUCAGAGUAUGACAGCACAGAACAGUGCUGAGUUCAGCUUGCCAAUGUUAACUGCCCACCUGUCUGGAAAAGCCCAGCCAGCUUAGAAAAGAUAGCAAGGCCAGUUGAAGAGCCAGCACUGUGCUUGAUGCUGGUUGCGGUAUCUGAGGCUCCCUGUACUCCUGACAGCAGGUAGAGUUUGGAAGAACCAGGAAAAGAUAAGAUAGACAACCGCAGCGAACAAAAUAAAAAUCUUGGCACGGACAGAAAAUAUUUGCAGAGCAAUGUCCAAGAUGAAGAUCUGGAAUUCAUUGAAACUGAUCUAGCUCAGCACCACUGCAGAAACCAUACAAAAUGGAGUUUAACCCAAGGGGUUACCGACUUGGGCUCAAACACCUAGACUCCGUGAUGGUGAGCCUGCUCCCUGUAGCUCUUUCAGAAGGCAGUUUAGACUAAAACUAAAUAUGGAACUUUCAUGUGGAAAGAGCAUGACGUUCAUUGUGAAUAGAAGCAUGUUCAUAUAAUAGGACUGGCAGUCCUGUAUUAAUCAAGGCAGGCCAACAUUGAGAUUUGUUUUAAUCAUGGACUUUUAUUAAUACUUCCAAAGUGUAGCCUAUAAACAAGUUGAUAAUGUUUUGCAGAAAACCUUGAAUAUUCUGCAGUGAAAAUUCUUUUUAGUUUUGCAUCAGUGGUAUUAGUGAUUAACAGAGUAAUUUAUGAUUUUUCAUAGAAGUUACUAUUAAUAUAAAUGAAAUGAGCAAUGUGGUACAUUUCAUUCUUUUUCUCGUUAUCUCUAAGUGGAGAGGUGUUCUUAUUCUGCUUUUGAAAGACUCUAUGGCACUAUUCCCGUUUGUGAGCCCCUAACAUUGGUUUGCACGUGAUGAUUUUGAUUGUUUUGUUUUACCUGGGCAUAUUCAUCCUGUUUCAAAGUAACAAAGUGAGCUGAAUGUACUGUCUGUAGCAUCUAACCAUAUCCUAAAACCUUCUGUGGCAGCCUGCUUCCUGAGGAAAGGGCAUAUUUAAUACAACAUGUAUUAGUUCAGGUUGUGCUAUUGGACAUGAUAACUAAAGCCAGUUUUCUGUCCUCUAAAUAAUGGAGUUAAUUAAAAAUAAACUGAUUGUGGUAAUGUAGUUGUUGAAUGUCUGUUUUACACUAUUCGGUAACAACUUCAGAAAUAUAAUCAAGUUGCAGUGAACAACUGCUAGAUUUGUGACAGAAUUUGGAGCAAAUGGAAACAUUCAAGAUCCUUCAACUAAGGAAAUCGUCUGCUUCUGAAUACGUAUUUAAACGUAAGAAUUUUAUAUUGAGAACCGUUGUUAGACCAUUGAAUGCACUACCAGAGUUGGCGGUGAGGCAGGGAGCAAAUCAACUAUUAAGAAUAGGUUAGAUAGGUGGGAGGAAGGAAUAAAUCAAUGUAGUGACAAAAUAAAGUAUCGAUACACAAAGCUAAUUGAGCAGAUCCGUUAGCAUGCACAUCACGCACAGAUAAACAGCUUGUUUUAUUUUUUGUAUUCUACACGAUGUGAAAAAGUAAGACAGUAAGUGAUCGUGGAAGUUGUUGCACAAAGACACAGUGAAUGAAGCUUCAACAUGUAGGGACGUGUUCGGCACAGCUUUGUGGGCCAAAAGGCCUGAAUUGUGCUGUAAUUGUUCUAUGUACAAAAUGCUGCAGAUGCUGGAAAUCUGAAAUAAAAAGCCAUGCCAUUUAUGGAGAGAGAGGAAAAUUUUUUUUGACUCAAUGUCCCAAGAAAGUUCAUCAACCUGAAAUGGUAACUCCAUAGACACUGCCCCAGCACUGUGUGCUUUCUGCUUUUAUUUUUGCGACUACAAAAGUAUGGUUUAAGGAAGACAUUAGUGCUUCAAUGAUAACUUACAUUUCAGUAAAUCUAUAUUCCCCUAAUAUACUAGUUGCCCCUAAUGACCUGUUCUGUGGAAACAUUUGGAAAAAAGGAUUCCUCUCUGAGCAAGGCACAGCUAAAUUAUAAACUGCUCCCUCAAUACCCAGUGAAAAUAACCAAAUGUCACAUAACUUUAUGUUCUUUAUCACAGUUUUUUUUUAUUUUGCCUUUGACAGUUCAGGAUAACAAUGUACAUGGAAAGCAGAAGUCUUAGCUAACAGGUUUUUAAUACAUUCAGAUUCAGAGGCAACAUUAAACAUCUCUUCAGCUUUAUGCUUUCUGAUGCCUUCAGAGUUUGAGCUGAAUUAAUGUGCACUGUUAUUGUUACAGCCACAUAAAUGCUGUGUCUUUUCAUUGCCUCCAAAACGUGUUAGAAAGCCUGUACUUGGAUGGGUUUUACUCCUGUAACUGAAAACUCAAUAACAUUCAGUACAGUAGCUUGAUCAACACCCCAUCCACCAGCAUAAACAUUCUCUACCUUAACAACGUGGCUGCAGUGAGCACUCUUUAUAGAAUGUAGCGAUUCGCCAAGCUGCCUUGGGUAGUAUUUUCCAGGUCCACAGCCUCCACCGCUUAGCAGAUACAUGAGGAUGCCUGCACCUCUAGUUUUCCCUUAAAGGGCAUGCCAUUCUGAUUUAGACAUGUAUCAUAAUUCCAUCUUUGUAUCUGGGUCAGAAUCUUGGGAACCUCAACAGUGUUGCAGGAGCACCUUGGCUCGAGAAAGGUGGCCCAUCACCAAUAUCUUCUCAAGUAAAACCAGGAAUGGCUGAUAAGUACCCAUUUUUGCCAUUAACACUCAUCACUGUGAAAUGGAACUGGGCAGUCUUGGUCCUGAUUUGGGCAUGGAAGUCAAAUUGCAUGUGGAGUACUCAACUGCAUAUUGAAAAUAGUUGGAUUUAGUAGAAACCAUUGAAUAGUGGUGGUGGUAGGUGGUCCAUGAGAAAUUACACCUGGAUUCUGCUAGAGAAUCUGAUCAUUCCAAAGGCUAUCUUUUGCUCCAUAUUAUUAUUGCACCUAAUGUGAAAAAUUAGAAAGUUACAUAGAGGUGGUUCCCAUGAACGUAAAGGAUAAACAUCUCUGGUUGUAGUUCCCUGACUGGGUUGCUACAACAUUAACCACCAAAAUAUAUUUGACUGGGGAGAUUUGACAUGUGCCCAUAAGCACACAUUGCUCAGGUGUUGGAGCCGAUCAUGUCCAGAGGGUUCACAUAAUUGCAUCGACUAUAAGUAGAAAAAGGCUACUUGAUCAUGAUGGUCCAUGCUGACAAUGUUGCACUCAGAGAUCCUUCAGUCUUUCUUCAUCCAAUUUUUCUACCUAACCUUGCUCUGAAGUACAUCUGUACUAUUCACCUUACUUUAACCUGUGAAAGCGGUUUCCAGCUUACAGCUAUCUGGGUGAAAAAUAGUUUCUCCCGAAUUACCUCUUGAUUUCUUGAUGUUUUUGUAUAUAUAAUUGAAGGCCUCUGGUUUUACUGUUCCUCAUUGCUUUAUGUUAAAACCUCUGGUAAAAUCACCCUGCAGGGUUUCCUUUCAGAGACACAGGCUGUGCAUGUUUUUCUGUUUAUUCUUCACCAGUGAAGUAUCUCCUUAUCUCCACUCAGCCCAUCUUAAAUUAGUGAGAGGAAAUCUUAAUGGUUGUUAUAAGAGAACGUUGUGUUUUUUGGCACAUGGUUAAUCAGAAUCAGGUGUAUUAUCACUGACUUGUGUAUACCAAUAUACGAUAUGCACAUUUUAUACUGAUGUCCUCCGAUUGACCAUGCUCAUCCCAGUGGACAGUCCCAGUUGUAUGGUCAGUCUUGGACUGGCACUGAGGCCCAUACUCUAAGCCAUCUGACAAAUCUACUUUAAUGAACAAAAAAAAAAUCAUAAGGCACAUUUUUCCUCUAGACAAUGGAUGUUCCUUGUGAAUGUCCUUAGUGCUGUGCAUUAGAGCUCAGUGGUGAACUGAUUUAGAAUGGGACUGCAGGUUACAUAUAAUAAGUGUAUUUUGGUGAGAACAGACACACUGAGAAGAUGAAUAAUGUAAGUUCCUGGAUGAGAAUCUUCUUGUUUAGGAUAUAUAAUUGAACAAAAUUAGAUUGAUGCUCUGGAGUUUUGUGUGAUUGCCCUGUAGAGACCGGGAUAUGUUUUGUUAAGACUUUCCACCAGAUUAAAUAGCUUUGUUAAGGUGCUAAAAGAAGAGAUUGGAGCUGCUCUGUGGGAGGAUUUGCCUUAAUGAAUUAAAUAUUUUGCUUUUGUUGCCUGUGAGGUCCACCGUUCUGUUACGUUACAUUAGGUAAACUUCACCAGGAACCAUGGCUGAGAAGUUGGGCUGCACUUCUACUCAAGUGAUAUAAAUCGCUUGAAGUAGCUGAUGCUUGGAAGGGGAUUAUGUAGUGGAAUGAAAGCCGAGUGGUAUACAAGGGGACUUGUGCAGGGGAUCCAUUUACCUUCUACAUGUACAUAGUAUUAUUACUGGUAAGAAGAAAUGAAAGCCAUUUGAUGGGUUUUGUCACAAGCUAUGAAGAAAUCACAUUAACUGGGCGUUUCUGUUUUCUCACUGCUCUGUGUCACAGCUACUAAAGUGAAGCUAUGAAUGACAAGCAAAAUUAAUAAUGUCCAAUAAAGGGAAGAGUACAAGUGCAAGUCUCCUUGCAGUUACUGAAGCAGUGGGUUACUUCUCACUGCCACAGGCUCUUUCAACACCUCUCAGUUCUCCAGGCCACUCUCUAGUUAGCCGGUGUAUAUCAGUGAAAUAAAUGAUGCCAUUAAGAUGUCACAGCUCUACAGCCCUGCUCAUUAGCUUAACAUCUAUAGUUCCUGAUGUAGCCUGGAGAAGCAAGAAGGGAGUUGAAGGUGGAGCUUUUAUUUUGCUUUUGGUUUUAUCCUAAAAUUAUUAAUUGACUGAACAGAUUGUAUUGAAAAACAUUGUAACCUAUGAAUUAAUUUAUAAAUGCAUUGUUAAUUGUGUUUCUGGUUAGUGGUGGCAUGUAUGUGUUGAUUAAUCAGCUCAGCAUUAUUAAUGUUUCAUGUGUGUGUAAUAACAAUUUAAGCUAUCCUCGUGCUUGGUUUGUGAAGGUGUUAACAUACUACAUGUCAUUUUCUAUGCUGUAAUUUUUUUUAAUGCAGGAAUAGGAGGGAUGGAAAGAUUUUUUUACAGUAGGGAUGAUGAAAGCCAUUUAUUGUAAUGCUAGCUUUGACAGCUCAAGCAAUCAUUUCAUAUCCCAAGUUCCCACACCCUUGUGUGGGAGAUGGGUCAAAAUGACUGACAUCUUAAUGAAUCUGGCUUAUUUGGUGGGAUCUGGGAACAGGCAUGGGAUCACGCCCCAGACUGUGUACGGUGGCGUAUUGCAUAGAUCACUCCAGUUUCUUUCCAUAUGCAGCACACAAUGGAUAAGAAGGGAACCUCUCAAUAGCUGGUCUUGUACCCUCAGAACAGACUCUUGAAAUAUGUAUCAUGGUAGAGCAAAGUUUUUACUUGUAGCAUCUCUGUAGAAGGCAGCUGUACCAGUGGUGUUAUAGGUGCGUGAUGCCUUGGCUGGUGCCUGCUCUUACAUGGUGUGUCUUAUGUGUAAUCUACUUACAUUUGUACAGUCUGGAAAUCUGUUUUAAAACUGAGAGAUGUACAUGUGUGUACUUUUGCUUUUUUAAAAUCUAUGUAUACCAAUAAAUUUUUUUAAAAGCU